CGUAGCCCCGCCCGCGCGUCACACCCUCCCUCCGCCUGACGUCACAGCGGCCGCGCCCCCGCCGCGGAGGCCACGCCCACGCCGUCACAGAGACCCCGCCCUUCCUCGCCGCGCCGGGCGGACCCGCUGACCCGGCGGCUACUCGCCGGCGGCCUGGGCUGGCCCGGGCCGCGGCGCCCCGCGCCUCGCAGCCCCCGGGGGCCGAUCAGCUGUGAUGCUUCGAUCGCUGUGCCCAGAAGAGGACUCUGCUACCAAAGUCAUCGUUUCCAGCUAGAUGCACCCGAACCGGCCGGCUGCCAUGGAAACGGGCUGCGCGGCGGAGCCUGCCUGGACCAGGUCGCAGUCGGUGCUCUGCGGGCAGCAGGAGGGAAGCGACCAGCGGCGGGAGGAGCACGGGGACCGGCUGCCCGAGGCGGGCAAUGCCUCCAUCGCGGCUGCGGAGCCGCAGCAGCCUCAGCCGCCCCCCGGCAAGCUGAAGAAAACAGCUUUCAAACUGUUCGGAGGGAAGAGGAGCAUCUGUACGCUGCCCAGUUUCUUUGGAGGCAGAAGCAAAGGCCAAGGGAAAGCAGCCUCUAAAAAGGGCCUCAGUAAAUGUAAGACCCACGAUGGGCUCAGCAGCGCUGGAUACGACAAGGGCGGGGGGGAGCAGCCGGAAAGCCCUUUGGAGGGCAGCGGGGACUCGCAUCUGUGCCCUUUGCCGAGCUCCCAAAGCGCUCACUUGGCCGUAGGCGCCAGCGCCAGGUUUGAUUUCGGCCAGCAGGACAGCUCUCCACCCGGGAGUAUCGAGGGCUGUGAGAAAAAGCCCAACGGAGAUAAGUCCUCCUUUCCCAGACCCAAAAAAGGCCUGAAAGGGUUUUUUAACAGCAUCCGGCGUCACCGGAAAAGCAAGGUUACUGAGUGUGAGAAAGCAGAGCUCCCAGAGUGGGCUGGGGAUUCGGAGGAGGCCGGCAAAGCUCCUGGCGUGGGAGCGGAGAGCCGAGGGGCCGCGGAGGGAGCGGGACCGGGAGCUGUCCCGCUUGCCGCGGCCCGUGCCGGGGGCUCGGAGGAUGACCGCUCGGCAGGCACAGCUGCCGACGGUGGCGAGGCUGCCGAGCCCGGCUGUCUCGUGGCUGAUGAAGGCAGCUCUGAGGGCGACGCGGUGGAGAUGCCGGGGAAGAGGGACGUUCUGGAUACGAAAUCAGAGGCCGACACCGUUGACUGCGCAGAGUUUGACUACAACAAUCUCCUGUUGGCCUUUCAUCCGGACCUCGUGGAGAGUGACCCUCCCUGCCUCCACUCCGGGGACCUGCUGAGCCUCAUCUUGGGAGACGUCACAUCCCUGAAGAGCUUCGAUUCCCUGACGGGGUGCGGAGAUGACAUUGCUGAGCCCGACAUUGCUGAGAGCACCAUCUCUGUGGAGCGCAGCAGGGAUGCUGCUAAACGGAGCUCCUGCCUGGUCACCUACCAGGGCGGUGGGGAGGAGAUGGCCAUACCCGAGGAGGCGGAGGAGUACCUCCACCAGAUAUGGAACAGCAACACGGCAGGGGACAGGAGCUACGGAGCCCAGGUGUCGAGUAGCAGUUUGGAGACACACGCCUCGCACGAGGCGGAAGCCCACCCCUACAUGGGGGACGCUAUGGACGGCGUUGACCUCCUGACGCCGCAGAGCGACCAGCAAGAGUCCGCCCCUAAUAGCGAUGAGGGUUAUUACGACUCCACCACGCCGGGGCCGGAGGAUGAAGCUGGAGAUGGGCUCGGCGAGAUCAAGAAGGACCGUCUUCCCAGAGACAGUUACAGCGGUGAUGCACUUUAUGAGUUUUACGAGCCCGAUGAUGCGCUGAUGAGUCCCUCUCACGGGGAAGAAUCCCUGUUUGAGAGCAAAGUCUCUCACCAGGGCAUCUUCAGCUACUUCUUGGACAUCUGCCCCGCUGCUGAGAAGAGCCUGAACCAGGUGAUGGAUCAGAAAAGAGGGGUGAUGGAAACGGAAGAAGAGCGGCUAGCGGCCAUUCAGAAGGAGCUGCUGUACUGGGAGCUGCAGAGGGAACCGGUCUUGAAACGACUUGAUGCUCCCAGCAAGGAAAAGUGUCCCCGGGAAAAGCAAUGCGUUGAAUGUAAAACUAGAGCAGCCAACUCGAUUGGCAAGAACCAGAGUGGCCUUGGGAGUGAGCAGGUGGCCUCGCACGCCCCAAACAGGGGUGUGAAUGGUGGGGUUUUGGUGGCUAGAGCUGAAAAUCCAGAGUGGAGGGAUUUUCCAGGGACUCUGCAUCCAGAGAACUGUUACAACAGCCAAAAAGCCCAAGGAAGUUGCCUUAUUCAGCUCACAAAGAACAACCCGGGGUUCGAUUCGGACCCGGAUUGUGGGUUGUUCGGGGGUUCCAUCCACGGCAGCGUAGCUCCAGCCAAAGCAGGGAUGUUCCCCGGCUACAGACUCCCAGAGCUCGAACGUGGUAGUGGGGCAGAGACCACCACCGGCAAGCCCCAGGUGGGCAGCGAACACGAGCCCGAGCAUGCCGUGAGCUUCUCACAGGCACUGGUGGAGUUUGCCAGCAGCGGGACCCUCUUCUCCAGCCUCUCCGAAAGUCUGGGGAGCUCUGCCUCUGGCUCUUCCUUCACCCAGAACCUCCCUGCCCUCCCCACCAUGGUCACCUUCGAUGUGGUCGACGUGGAGCAGGAAGGAGAAGGGGAGUGCGAGCAGCAUCCCGAGAUGAACGCCGGUGAGGAUAUUGCUGAGGCCUUUGACGACGGCUACGGACGGAAAGAGUCGUUAGCUGAAUGUGAUGAGAGAAUGUCCCCAGGGUACCCCCUGGGCUCCUUCCAGAGCUGCAACUGGGGUGUUGCCAGCCUGCCCCGCCACCUGCGCCUCCACGGGCUGAGCCCCUCCAUGCCAGCACCGCUCUCCGUCAACCGGAGGAGCCGGUCACUUGACACGGAGAGCCUGGAGUUUGAGCUUGCCGACUCGCAGGUUGCCAAGAGCGGCCCUCAGCCGUGCCGGCUCUGGUCGAAGCGAGAGGGUGGCAAAAAGGACUCGGGCGGAGCGAGGAGGAGCAGGAGCAAGGAGGAGGGUGAGCUGGCAGCUCCCGAUGGCGGGUUGAGCUGGCUGGGCUUGCAGCACCUCCAGCACGACGCCGACAGGGCUCCCGGGGGGAUGAAGCACUGGGGUUUUGCUCCGGCCGCCGCCAUGGAGAGCGCCUGGGAGCCAUCGGGGCAGCCGGGCACCGUGUCCCCUUUCCUGGCUCUUUCCCGGAGCGUCGCUGGAGAGACCCCGGACAGGCGGCCCCAGGAGCCGGAGCUGAACAGGCACCCGCUCAGGCCCUCCAAUUUACCUCUGCAGACCGACACGAGGCGGUCCCGGGAGGCGGCUGGUUCCUACAGGUACCACGGGGAAGUCACCGCCAAAAAGCUGGCGCGCUUGUUACCCGUGGGAGAAACGGAGCCCGAGCUCCCCCCGGGCUUUAGUUUCGCUUGCUCCCCGGAGAAACGGGCCAAGUGCAAACCCGUCGGCAUCGCCCAGGGCGUGCCGCAGCAUCCCAACGACAGCACCGACACCGUGAAAAGCCCGGAGCGCUGCGGGGAGCCCCUGAAAGGCAGAGCCACCCCCGGCCACGCGCUGCCUGCCGCCUGCCGGAGCACCGCGGUGAACGUCGCCGAAGCUGAAUAGCUGCUCCGGGGAGGGCGCGAAAAGGGUUGCAAAGUGCAGGGAGGGAGAAAAUACGUGUUAGCGAGCGAUUUAUGAAUGACUUUAAUUUAGGCCUGGGCUGAUAAGGACGAGCUCCUCUCCCGCAGCCAUGGUACGUGGUCUCACCGCUGCGGAUGCUCUGGUGGGGCUCGGAGCUGCCUCCGGGAUUCGUACGGUAACGCUGAGGCACUUUCUUGUUUUCCACCACGAGCCACCAUGCUCUCGAACGCCAAGUGCCGCGGCAGCCCCCCGCGCGCGCUCACGUUGCUGCUAGAGUAAAAGCUGGGACCGGACCCAUCGCUAGCGUGGCAGGUUUGGGUUUUUUCCUGCAGGAUUGGAGUUGGGGGCGCAAGCCUUGGGGAAACUUGGGAGAAACCGGGUUUUUUUCUUCCUCUUGGUGAAAUGUUUUGGUUCAGACUCACUUUGAAUGUCUUCCGUCUCGGUCUCGAUUUGGGGAGGCUGGGAGGAAAGGUGCCGGUUAUUUCCAGAGCGAUGACAGGAGGCGAGUCAGCUGAAAGGGGAACUUCACAGUAACAUCUUUAUUUAUGUUUUUUAUUUUUUUUCCCUUGCCCCAAAGGAGAGCAGGAGCUUCUGCGUGUGUGCCAAUAACGCUUUCAAGGUCUAGUUUCAAUUUGCUCAAAGAUACCGCGCUCAGAGGGAUGCGCUGUCGAUGGCCUCCCUUUUGAGGGCAAAGUGUCCGUCCCUUUGUCGUGGUCUGUCCUCACGGUGCGUGAUUCCUGGUUGAAACCCUUCCCGAGCUUUGUCCCACGCUCCUCGUCUCUCCCGGGCUCUGGGCACAUGGACAAGGUCUUUGAAAUAAGCUAAAUUUGCAUCGUGCCUGUAGCUGUGAGGUUGCAGGUGCCAUUAUUUUCUUCAAAAGGAAGUUUUGUGCAUUGUUUUGGUUUUGGGGUUUUUUUUUUUUUCCUAAUUAUUUUACAGUUGUUUUCUUUGCAUAAACGAAGAAAGUAUUCUGUUAAUUGGAAUACAGGAUGUAACGCAGCCUAAAUUAGGCUUCAUGACUUCUUCCUCCUAACUGGAGGGAACAAAAAAGCUGGAGGUUGCUGCAGGUUUUGGAUUUCUUUUUCCUCUUUGAAGGAGCGUGGAGGAGGGACACGAGCUGAGGAGACAGACUUUGUCUGAGGAGGUCGUACAUUGAUGGGAACAUCGAUUUCAGGCCAUUGGUCCGUGUGGCUCCUCCCUUGUCCUCAAACACGCUUGUCUCUAAAUGAAACCUCCCUGUCUUACGAAGCUUCUUCCUUCUUCUGUCCAAGCUCUGUAUUCUGGUCUUAAUUCAGUAACCGAUGAUGAUUUUUGUCCCUCCCCCAGCCCCUGAGUUGCCCUUUUUCCGCUUCUUUGCGGCAGAGUUUGUAGCAUUAAAACGAAAUAAUCACGAACUGGAAAUACCAGAGUUUUCUCCCAGCUCCGGGGCGAUGUGCGGGGCGAGGGGCGGCUCUGCCCGGCCCUCACCCACUUCUGCUGCCGCGGCGAGCGACCGCCCUGCCGCUCGCCACCCGCGGCCCCGGACGGAUGUGGCUCCGGUUGGAAACGCCAGCAGCUCCCGGCAUCGCUCUGUUUAAGGCACGAGGAACUGUUUGGGGUUUGGUUGUUUUUUCCUUCCCCCCCCGCUCCAAGCAAAAUGAGGCCCUAUAUUUCUUUUUGAGAAGAGACUCCGUACUGCCCUGUCCUUGUAUACCUGUGAUGGAGCGGGGAAGGGUGAAGCCAGGCUUUGCUUUCCCACGGUUCGACUUAUUUAUAUGGUAUUUUUUUCUUUCCUGUACAGGCUGCUGAGGCUGGAGCAGACCCAUCUGUGUAUCCAUGGGCUUAAAUCUUAAUUUUUCAGUAUUUUCCUGCCAGCGCAGCUGCAGGGAGUUACCGCCCGAACCUGCCGUGCCACGUUUUUUCCUCCCGUCCCUCCACGCGACCGGAGAGGGUUUCGUGGGACAAACCCGACCCCUGACGCCGCAUCCCCCGCGUGCAGGGGAGAGCGCGGGCGGCCAGCGAAAGGCCCCCUCGCCUCCGAGGUUGUAAGCGCAGCCUCCCCUCGCUGGCUGGAACAGGCUCCCCUCUUGCUCGGAGCAAGGACAGGGUCGGGCCGAGGCCCUGCACGUCUCCCCGCCACUCGGAUUAAAAACCACAAGCAAAUUCUGCUUUUUUUUUUUUAAUUCCUAUUUUAUUUUAGCGUGUCACCAAAGGCAUCUCGCGGGUCGGGGGGGGGGGUUGUGUAGUGUUUCGUUUAGACAUGGCGCGGCCUUUGCCAAAGUCUUGGUGAGGUGUGGAAGUGUCUCGGUGCUAAAAUGAAUGUUCAGUUGCAAGUGCAUGUCUCUAGGAAUAAUUCUUUUGGUUGUAGGUACGUAAAAGCUCAGCGAAAACAGCUUCUAGGCUCGAUGAGUGAAAGCAAUACAGCCAAGACUUGAUAAUCUGACUUUAUACCAAAGCUUUCUCUUCUUCAUUUGAUGUGAACUAAAUGAAGCAAAUAUCUGUUGAUUUAAAAUGACUUUCCUAAAAGCAUUUUUGGAGCUAAUUUCCUGGAUUAUCGGCAUAUUCUGCCCCAUUAACCCAAAGAAAUAAGAAUUUUCAGUGCGUAACCCAGCCUGUAAAUUAUCGCUGCUGUAGAGAGAUUGGAUUUCUCUGCCUAAUGUGCUGCUCUUCCUAAAAUACCCGUCUGCCCCGGGACAAAUAGGAACAGAUAUUCUGGUCUUGAUCUGGAUCAAGCUGUUAGUCACAUACUGCCUUCCUUACCCGAGGAACUCAAAUUUGAGAGGGGUAAUUGAGGCUUUUUACGAAAAAGGGCUUCCGAACCAGAAAUAAGUCAUAAAAGUCAGGAAUAGCAGCUUGUCUUGCCAAGAGAUUAAGGGAAAACUCCCCUCGAGGCUGUCGCCUGAAUGCGUCCCUUCCAGGGAAGGCCUUGCCUCAAAGUGAUGAAUUGUGGCGGUUAACUUGUGCCCAAACCGCUGACGUUCGGGUCAGCCUACCAAGUAAUUCUGUAUUGCAUUCUGGGGACUUUGGGGUUUGUUUUUGUUUUUAUACACGCAAGAAAACGGUCGUUUUUUAUCUAUUUUUGUAUAGUUUCGCAUUUUAUAUUCACGGGGAAAUUUUACGGGCUGUUCUUUUACUCGUGUGCGUUGUCUUUUGAAGUGGUGUGGUUUCCUGUUCCGAUGGAGAAAAGGCAAUGCGAGGAAACCGCCUCGCUCCUCGUGUCCUGCCGUGACGCGCUGCUCCACUUCAUACCCGGGGCCAGCUCUGAAACCCAGCAGCCGGUCCCUUGCGCGCUCCCUCUCUUCACACACGCCGCUGAGACGUCUCGGUUUUGAUACUCUCUGUCACACUCGUUAACUGCUCUUUCUUUUUUUAAAGUUUUGUUUUUAAGCUGAAUUUGUGGACUUCGGUGAUUUCUCCCUGGAAGUACCGUCGACCGGCUUUGGACUAGAAAGCCGCGCGUUUCGCUUGGGGCUUUCCCUUCCGUGUGCUUAAAUUAUUUUAUCCAAACCUGGGGCUUUUCUUAAAUCCCCAGGCAGGAGAUGCUGUGGGUUGGUGCGUGGCGAUGCUCCUGAAACCGGUGACGCUCCUCCUCUCCCCUUGGUGCUCCCGGCUGGGCGGGGAGCUGGGCUUUCCCCCUUGCGCGGGCAGCAUCGCCUGCUCCGCCUCGGAGGGCUGCUCCUUAAAUAAUCCCGGGGUCUGCAUGGGAUUAGCGGGGCUUCCCACCUCUCCUCCUCUCGUGCCGCCUGCAUUGCCAGCAUCAGUAAAGCAUCUUCCUGGAAUAAUACUGCCUUGAAUUUUGGGAUCAGAAAUGCAAGGAGGGCCUCUGGUAAGCCAAGACCUAACACUAGUUAACGCGGCUCCUUCUUGCUUUUGUUUUUUAUUUAGUUGAAUGAAUAUGCUGCUUUGUUUGCUUGACUCUGUAGGAGUUGUGCCCCUGCAGAGUCUGCAGCCCUGCACGGGGUGUAAGGGCUGAAAUAACUUCUCUGCGGAAGGCCAUGGUGAUUAAUUGAGCAGACAAGAACAAUGUCAAACAGUGACGUGCACAAGGAAAAUGAAAUGCUGAAAAGCGAAAAGAUUACAGCCGAAAGCAAACUUUUUUCCCCUUCUCCCCCCCUCCCCCUCCCCCCAAUGACAGCAGAGAUGGCGAUUGCCACUGAGACAUUUGGCUCUGCAUAGAUUUUUAUGUCUUUUAAUUAAAUAGCUCUUCGCCUAAUGGUGCUUUUUAGUUUUUUUUACUACAAGGGUUUGCUCGGGCACGGGCGCUGGACGGGCAGGUCGCUCAGCAAACAUUCCUGGGGCGCUCGGACCCGCGCCGCCUUUCACAUUCCCUCUGCCCCUUAACUUCGCGGCUCCCUCCUCUCCAGCCGGGGCUACCUCCUCGUCUCGCCGCGAUUGAGGCAUCCGAGAAGCUACGCUUGGGUGAAGCAAUUAAAAUAUUAGAAAAGGCUCUCAGUUCUAAAGAAAAAAACAAAUAAUAAUUAGCCCUUGUCCCAGGUCGCCCCGUGCUUCCCCUCCGCCGUCCCGCGGCGGGCAGGCUGCCGAGCUGCCCUGCAGGCGCCCUGGGGGCGGGGGCGGCUCCUCCCGGGUGACUGACUCGUCCGAAUUUUGGGGUUUGGGGUUUUUUUUUUUUUUUUUAUUUUAUUUUUCUGGUCUCAUUGCUACUAGUCCUUUAAACUUUUUAAUGUAUUGAUUGUGUUUUAAAAUGAAUGUUCCUUUCACUGAAUUCUAAUGAAUAAACCAGAUUUUUAGAGAACAUUGCA